AUGCGGGGUGUCCUCUCGGCUCCCCGCGGCCUCUCCCACUCUCGACGGCGGCGACAUUACCAGAGUACUUCGGCAUCUUGCAGUAUUGCAAACAGUGGCAGUCAAACAGUGUCUACGUUGACACCUCCAUCUUCAAUACCCUUACCAUCGCAGCCGCCAUAUAUUUCCCCUUCAUCAUUUCCCGUAUCCCCCUCUCCACGGCUGUCCGCUCUAAAGAAGGCAAAACCAUUCUCCGACUUUUUGACCGAUACCUUCAACCGCCAGCAUGACUACCUUCGCAUUAGCAUUACGGAGCGCUGCAACUUACGGUGCCUUUACUGCAUGCCGGAGGAAGGAGUUCCCCUCUCGCCACCGGCUCACCUCCUCACUACUCCCGAAAUUGUAUAUCUGUCCUCCCUUUUUGUUUCUCAAGGUGUCACUAAAAUACGCCUGACAGGAGGCGAGCCAACUGUCCGAAAAGAUAUUGUUUCCAUACUGCAGCAGAUAGGGAACCUACGGCGGGAUGGUUUGCGGGAGUUGUGCUUAACCACCAAUGGUAUUUCACUACAUCGCAAACUAGAUAGCAUGGUAGAAGCCGGAUUGACUGGUGUCAACCUGAGUUUGGAUACGUUAGACCCGUUCCAAUUCCAAAUCAUGACCCGCCGGAAGGGAUUUGAAGCCGUCAUGAAAGGCAUCGACCGUAUCCUGGAAGUGAAUAGACUUGGUGCUGGGAUAAAGCUGAAAAUCAACACUGUGGUUAUGCGCGGAUUAAACGAUCGAGAACUUCUCUCCUUUGUUGAGUUGGGGCGAGUAAAACCGAUCGAGGUCAGGUUCAUCGAGUAUAUGCCGUUCGAUGGGAAUAAAUGGAGUCAAGGGAAAAUGCUACCCUACAAGGAGAUGCUCGCCAUCAUUCGGGAGAAAUAUCCCAACUUGGAGAAAGUCGCAGACCACAAAAACGAUACGAGCAAGACAUACCGUGUGCCUGGAUUUGAAGGGCGUGUCGGAUUCAUUACGAGCAUGACUCACAACUUCUGCGGGACUUGUAACCGCCUGCGCAUUACCAGUGAUGGGAACCUGAAAGUAUGCUUAUUUGGAAAUACUGAAGUUUCGCUACGAGACAUGAUACGAAAGGAGAACAACGGGGAACCGAUCGAUGACAAAGCGAUGGAAUCACUCGGUCUGUUGGAGUCCGCUCGAAGGGCUCGUCGAACUGAACAAGAAGGAGCAUUUGUCAACCAGCGAGAACUGGACCUGCUUGAUAUCAUAGGUAUGGCCGUCAAGCGGAAGAAGGCGAAACAUGCUGGCAUGGGAGAAUUGAAGCAUAUGAAAAAUAGGCCCAUGAUUCUGAUUGAUGAACCUGCUAUUCCCUUCGAUAAUCAUAUGCCAAACAUCCCAAGAAUGGUACACAUAGGGAAGCUAUUGGCGCGUUCUCCCUGGUCUACAAUCCCUACGCAUUUCCUCCCCACCGCUUCGCCUUCUAGGGCCCCUUUCCGUCUAUAUUCGACUCAACGACCCUUGGAACCAAGCAAUCUACGAACUACACCCAAUCCGUCUUCAAAAGCUCCACCAACCUCAAUCCCAGAUCUACCCACAGCCUCGGACCCGUCCCUCCCGCACCUCACUCCAUCUCAAACGGUCCACAUGACCUCCAUCUCUCACAAGGCGGAAACUACCCGCGUCGCCACGGCAGUGUGCCGUGUCACCUUUUCCAAUCCAAAGCCCUACUCCCUUCUCACAACGGCGGACGGGUAUACGAAGAAAGGCGACGUGCUGUCCGUCGCGCGGAUCGCGGGGAUUAUGGCUGCCAAGCAAACGGCGGAUAUCAUCCCGCUGGCUCAUCCGGGUCUUGGCAUAACGGGCAUCGAAGUUGAUAUCCAAGCCUGCGUGCCUGAGAAUGUGAUAUCUUCCGCGAAACCAGAGCGUAAUAAUUCCGUUGUUAAUGACGGGUCACCAUCAACAGUUACAACGACUGAGGAUUUAGUUAAGUCCUCCUCCCACCCCUAUGGUAGUAUCCUGAUUACCGCGACGGUGUCAUGCCAUGGACGUACUGGGGUCGAGAUGGAAGCGAUGACGGGAGUGAUGGGUGCGGCACUGACUGUGUAUGAUAUGUGCAAGGCGGUGGACAAGGGGAUGGUGGUGGGUGAGGCGAGAGUGGUGAGGAAGCGGGGCGGCAAGAGUGGGGAUUGGGAGUUGGGGGUUAAGGUGGAGGAUGGAGGGGAGGGGGAGAGGCAGGAGCGAAAGAAGGUAUUGGAAAGUUAG